AUGAACUUCGCAGCGUGGGCACUCUCCCCCGUAACCUACGAUGUUGACAAGCCACUUUUGAUUGAUGCAUCAAACCCACAGCACAGCUUCUCAUUCAGUCAGUUGAGGACCCAAGUCCAGCAGUUAAUUGCAGGUUUAAAAGCAAUCGGCAUCCAGCGAGGAGACUGUGUUUGUGUUAAUGCCUUCAACAAUAUCUCUUACCACGUUCUCUACCUCGGCGUCAUUGGUGCUGGAGCUAUAUUCACUGGCGUAAACCCAGCAUACUCAGAACAUGAGCUCUCCCACCAUAUCAGCUUGGUCGGUGCAAAGUUGAUGAUCGUGGAGCCACCCAUGCUGAACAAGUCUAUGAAUGCAGCUGCUUCGCGCGGUCUCUCCAAGUCUAAGAUCCUAGCGUUCGACGUGCAUGACCCUGUUCCUCAGAAUGUGGAUGUACAGUCUUGGUCGGUUCUUCUUGGCUACGGCCUGAGCGAUUGCGAUGAUUGUUAUGAUCCGGAAAAUACUGUGGCAGCGUAUCAGUCUUCGAGUGGAACUUCUGGACUGCCAAAAGCCGCGAUGAUUCCUCAUUCGUAUCUGAAAUCCCAGGCCAGCCUUCGUAUGAGUAGCAGUGAGUUGCCUUAUGAGGUGCGUCGUCUAACACCACUUGCACCGAUGCAUGCUUUCGCAACUCCAAUAGUGGCGUCGAGCAUUCGCAUCGGAUCUCCAACUUAUAUAUUGCGACGGUAUGACGAGACUGAGUUCAUCAAUUCAAUUGAGCGUCAUGAGAUAACGGAGACCUGGCUGCCUCCACCGCCAAUUCUCUCAAUCGCGAAAUCACAGCUUGCGACGAAGACAGCAUUGCAGUCCAUUCGCCAGAUCUGGCAUGGAGGAGCACCGCUCUCCCACAACGAUCAGCUCCCGCUACAAGCUUCUCUCCACCCAGAGGCUAGAAUAUCUCCUGUGUGGGGAAUGACGGAAGUUGGAUGGAUUACUACUGUCACAUGGCCCUCUAAACGCUCCGAUGAUAGCGUAGGGAAGCCAUUGGAAGGUUUUCGAGUCCGCGUGAUCGACGAUGCUGGCCGUCCUCAUCAAAGCCCAAGCGCCACAGGAGAGCUACAGAUACUGGCUCCGCAUCCCAUGCUAGGGUAUCUCAACAAUGCGGAAGCCAAUAAGGAGAUCUUCUCCGUCGAUUCACGCGAAAAAUGGGUCAACAGCGGUGAUAUCGGCUACGUCACCGAGAAAGGCAACAUAUUCAUUGUGGACCGGAAGAAGGAUUUGAUCAAGGUGCGCGGAUGGCAGGUCAGCCCUAGUGAAGUCGAAAGUCGUGUUCGCCAGCACCCAGACAUCCUCGAUGUUGGAGUGGUGGGAGUGCCUCUGGGCAGCGGCCAGGGAGAGCUUGUGCGGGCGAACGUUGUCCGCCGUCGCGAUAGUCUUCCGAAUAGCAGUGUGACGGAGAGCGAAAUACAACGCUUCGCUGCGGUAUCGCUAGCAAAGUACAAAGUACCCGCAGAAAUUGUGUUUAGUGAUAGCAUACCGCGGAACCCAACAGGGAAGAUCUUGCGUCGGCUACUGCGCGAGUGGCCCCCUGAGAAGGAUGGAAAGCAAUUGAGUACGAAGCAUCGUUUCGGACGCAUGCGCACGUUCUUGUUGGAGAGAAUCUCCGCGAUCUGUCUUCGAAUACUAGGUCUUGGUCGACAGGUGAUUACAUGGAAGUGGCGCCUUCCAUUGUGA